AUGGAGUAUUUUCCAAAGAAACAAGAUAAGUGGUCAGUGGAUUUCAAAGGUGAAACUAAAGUAGGGGAUAUUGUUGUCAUUACCAAGACUAAAGAAAGAACAGUAAAGAAUUUGAACACAGUGAUUGACAGCAUCCUAUUUCAAGUCGGUGAGACAAUAGAUCCUGUUACUGGGCGACGUUGCCGUGGGACACAAUUUAUUGAUGAAAAGAGUAGAAAAGAGGAACAGUCAGAACGUAGAGUAAAGGAAUACAAAAUUAAAAGACUUGUGGAAGAAAAGUCUUGA